CUAAAAGCUUCGCCCACGUGAGCACACACCGCAUAGUGCACGAAGAUAAGCCUUUGAAGCCCGCCGCACCUGAUGAAACGUUGACGGAUAUAUGUUCUGAGCAGUGUUGCCUGAUUUCCCAAUGCUCACGAUGAGCUCUUUCCGUAAACAAUGGAGUAGAGUGUUCUCGAACUGAUUUUCGUGAUUGAAAUCGUUGAAUUUCGGGCCAGUCAACUUGAGGUGGGGCCUACGACUCCAACACAAUCAUAACGAUUAUGUAAAGUCUGGCACUGGAAUCACCUCACGCACAAUCAGGUAACUGAACCAGUUAUAGUGCCAAGAUGGUAUAUCUCAACGCGCUCCUCGUCUAUUCUAGCGCGACGCUGGCUUUUGCGGCGGGCUCUAGUGACCCCGUACAAUACCCUACUGCUACUAUAGACUCGGGUGUCAUUAUCGGCACAACCACCGUAUUACCAUCAGCAACGAGCACAGUCCAUAAGUUUCUCAGCGUCCCUUUUGCCUCACCUCCUGAGCGUUUCCGCCCUUCUCAACCGCUUCAGCCAUGGGAAUUUCCGUACAAUGCCACAACCAAAUACAAUGUGGCCUGUUACCAGAAUUAUAUAUACUCCGACGCGACCCGCGAAAAUCUGAUGAGAUUGGUCAUUGGGGAUGCUCCGCCGCCCCAGGAAAGCGAAGACUGUCUAACCCUCGAUGUUUUUGCCCCUGCCCCGGCAGCGAACGGGACCAAGAAGGCCGUUCUUUUCUGGAUAUACGGCGGCAGUUACCGGACUGGAUCUAAUAACAAUCCCAGCUACGACGGUUCCAGCUUUGCCGCCAAUCAAGACGUUGUUCUCGUCAGCGCAAACUACAGACUUAACUUGCAUGGCUUUCCGGGGAACCCCGAGCUAAAGGCACCCGACCAGAACUUAGGACUCCUUGACCUCCGCCUGGCCCUCGACUGGGUCCGUCAAAAUAUCGCAGCCUUCGGUGGUGAUCCAGACAAAAUCACAUUGAUCGGCCAGAGCGCAGGUGCCGCCAUUGUCGAUAUGUUCGUCUCUGCUCCGCCGGAUCCUUUGCCGUUCCGCGCAGCUAUCAUGGAAUCGGGACAAGCGACAUACAACGGCGGCGCUGCUAGUCCCGGUUGGGCUUGGAACGCAGUAGCUAAGGUCGUCAACUGUACAGGCGACGUCACCGCUGUAUAUGAGUGCAUGCAAACGGCGCCGGCGGCGGCUCUGAAAAGAGCCGACGAGAACCAUGGAAUUUGGUUCGGACCUCCGGUCCAAGACGGUGUUACCUGGAGCAAGGCGCCACGCCGGAAUCGACUAAACUCGACACAGGAGAAACCGCUCAUGGCGCGCGUGCCCAUCUUGAUUGGCAGUACCGCCGACGAGGGCGCCAUAUAUACGACCGGCGUGACCAGUGCCGUGGCUUUCCUCCAAUCAUACUACGGGCUCAGUUAUGCGUCAGCGCAGGCGCUACUGGCCUACUACCCGAUCGUGCCGGGCAGUAGAAUCACAUCAGAGGCGGACCGCGCCACUGCGGUCAUGAGCGACUCCUCUUUCACGUGUCCCGCCCGGUUUGUGUACGACGACUCCACGGCGGUCGGAAUCCCGGCCUGGCGAUACUUCUGGGACGCCAGCUUCGUCAACUCUGAACUGGUUCCGGGGGCAUAUCACGCGUCCGAGAUUCCGUUGGUUUUCGGCACCUAUGACCGUGAGAACGCGACGGUGUUCCAGGCCGAGGUCAGCAUCGCGAUGCAAAAAGCCUGGGCGGACUUUGCCAAGGACCCCGUUGUGGGCCCGGGAUGGGACAGGACCAAAGUUGCGUUGUUUGGUGGCGAUGCAAAGCCUGGGGAGAGCGAUGAUGGCCGGCCGGUAAUGGAGAUGGUCGAUAGAAACUGGAUGGACACGAGGUGCUCUCUAUAUAAGCCCUGAUAUUCAAAGAUGAUGAUACAUUUAGAGAGCCUAGCAUAUGAUCA